AGAGAGAGACAUGAAGAGCACUCUCGAGAGAUAAGAGAAGGGAGCAUGUAGUUUCAGUUUCUUGUGAAGUUGCAGCUUCAAGGAUCUCUCAUCAAUGGAUUUUUCUAACUCUUGUUCUUCAUUCUCUUCAUCUUCUGUCGAUAGUACUAAACCUUCUCCUUCAGAAUCUUCUGUAAAUCUCUCCCUUAGCCUCACCUUUCCCUCUACUUCUCCACAAAGAGAAGCAAGACAAGAUUGGCCACCGAUAAAGUCUCGGUUAAGAGAUAGACUAAGGGGUCGUCGUCUUCUUUGUCGUGGUGAUGACACAUCUCUCUUUGUUAAGGUUUACAUGGAAGGCGUCCCCAUUGGGAGAAAACUCGACCUUUGCGCAUUCUCAGGCUACGAGAGUCUCUUAGAAAAUCUUUCUCACAUGUUCGAUACUUCCAUCAUCUGCGGUAAACGAGAUAGAAAACAUCAUGUUUUGACAUAUGAAGAUAAAGAUGGAGACUGGAUGAUGGUCGGAGAUAUUCCAUGGGAUAUGUUUCUUGAAAACGUGAGAAGACUAAAGAUCACGAGACCCGAGAGGUAUUAAAACUUGGAUCGUUCAAGGCUGUGAAUGUGAUUUCACAGUUUUUGAGAGAUGAUAAGAUUUAGGCAGUGAGGAAGAGACUUGACGCGGGACGGAAGAGCUCUUUCUGCAUAUUGCAACAAAGGCCUUAAAAGAAGUUGGAGAAUGGAUGCAUAUAUUUAUAUGACGACACCAUUGAGUGUGUUUUUUUUCCCUAUAAAUAAUCACAAUAUCCAACACUUCUUUUUUUUUAGGUUCUGAAUAAAAAUCCAAAUAUUUGUUUUACAUGUU